GAUUCGACCCUGAACAUGAACGUGAACUGGUCAGGUACCGGCUGGUCGACUGUGCCCUCCUUCCCUUCCGGAAUAGCAAUUACCUCUACGACCUCAGUCCUCCUCAGUCGCCGUAGGACACCGGCGAUAGUCGCUCUCAGUCAGGGACAUGUUCAUGACCCGUUCCUGACGGUGCCACCGUGUGGCGACUCCAUCACUCAAAAUAUUCACAAGAGAAACCGAGUCCGAGUUAAAAGUGUGCAAUUAUCGGCGUCAAGAAGUUCAAUCGAAGAAAGCAUGAAGAGUCUGUACUAUCUGGGUUUACUGUUUAUUCUGCUUUCAACAACGAAAAAAUGUCAGGCUGGCGUAUUCAGCGACAAAAUGAAAAACUUCUUCGGACUUUUCGGCAAUAAGCCGCCUUCUUCCGACGAGCCACCUGCGCCUUGCUACUGUAGUUGCGGACUACGGAACGAAGAAAGUCGCAUAGUUGGAGGCCAGACGACAAGCAUGAAUGAAUUUCCAUGGAUGGCUAGGUUAUCGUACCUAAACAAGUUUUAUUGUGGAGGCACGCUUAUAAACGAUCGCUACGUGAUCACCGCUGCACACUGUGUGAAAGGAUUCAUGUGGUUCAUGAUUAAGGUCACUUUCGGCGAACACGACAGAUGUAUCGAGAAAGGGGCGGAAACUAGAUACGUGGUACGCGUCAUGACCGGUGAGUUUAGUUUCCUGAAUUUCGACAACGACAUCGCACUUCUUCGUCUGAACGAGAGAGUGCCGUUGAGCGACACGAUCCGGCCGAUAUGCUUGCCGUCGAUGUUAGACAACCAGUAUGAAGGGACAAAAGCGAUCGCUUCAGGUUGGGGUACGUUGCAAGAGGACGGCAAACCUUCUUGCUUUCUUCAGGAAGUGGAAGUACCGGUCAUGAGCCUCCAAGCUUGCCGCAAUACUAGCUACAGUCCUCGAAUGAUUUCGGACAACAUGUUAUGCGCAGGUUAUCUGGAAGGAAAGAAGGACUCAUGUCAGGGAGACAGUGGCGGACCUUUGAUAGCGGAGCGCGAAGAUAAAAAGUACGAGCUCAUCGGUGUGGUGUCUUGGGGUAACGGAUGCGCGCGACCUGGAUAUCCAGGUGUAUACACGAGAAUCACGCGGUACAUGGAUUGGAUUUUAAACAAUUCAAAGGACGGCUGUUUCUGCGAGCAUAACUGAAUAUGAUUAUACGGCGUCUCGUAAUGGAAUAUAUGACAAAGCACAAAGGUAGUUUGUACUUACUGUUGUAAAAUACAUUCUGAAAUCGCGCCAUACGUUCAGAAAGAGAGAGAGAAAGAGAAAGAAAGAGAGGGAGGGAGAGAGAGAGAGAGAGAGAGAGAGAGAGAGAGAGAGAGAGAGAGAGAGAGAGAAUGAAAGAGAGCGACCGACCGAGCGAGAGAGAGAGAGAGAGAGAGAGAUUAUGUUUGGAGUUGAGGACGAUCGACAUAAAUUUUUCGAGAAUACUUUUCGUACGAUAUAAAUUUAUUAUUAUUAUUAGGUACACUGUUAUUAUCUCCUGUAUUAUAUAAUAUCUGUUAAGCGUCACAAGAACGUCACUCGAUAAACAAAUAGGUGAAAACGACAUUAAUAUUUCAUAAUGAUGUUAGUUAGGUCGGCGGGAGAAGAAAGUUUGCAGAAACAAUAAUACACCAUACAAUAUUUCGACAUUGCUCAAACAUAGCCAAAGGCUAAGAUACUUAAUUUCUCGCCGCGAAGAAAAUCAAUCAAAUUAUAUAUAGUGAGAUCAAGAUUAUAGGUUUAAGCUACCAGUGUCAUACCUUUUUAUGAAGAAGUGUUUAUUGUUAUGAUACUUUUUAUAUACGAGAAAUACUUAAUAAACAUUUGCAUGAAUUACAAAUGA